AUGGAGGCAAAGGCACCAUUGGAGAUCGAAAGACAGAUUGAUCAGUCUGUGGGUCGGCAAAAGAUAUGUGAAAAAUGUUGGAAUGAAUCGAAAAACAUGUGGAAGAUCGCAGCCCCGGCUAUACUUACGGCUGUGUCUCAGUUCUCUAUUGGGUUUGUCACAUCCGCAUUUGUUGGGCACUUGGGAGAGGUAGAACUUGCUGCUGUGUCCGUCGUUCAGAAUGUGAUCGAAGGCUUCGUUUUUGGAGUCAUGUUAGGAAUGGGAAGUGCCCUCGAGACACUUUGUGGCCAAGCAGUUGGUGCAGGACAAUUCGAAAUGCUUGGAAUCUACAUGCAAAGAUCAUGUAUUAUCACUCUAGUUACAGCUUUGUUUCUAGCACCCUUUUAUAUCUUCACUUCGCCGUUAUUGAAACUCCUUCAUCAGAGUAAAAGUAUUUCAGAGCUUGCUGGGAAGUAUGCAAUUUGGGUGAUUCCACAAUUGUUUGCUUAUGCGCUGAACUUUCCCAUUCAAAAGUUUCUCCAAGCUCAAAGUAAAAUCUGGGUUAUGACUGUGAUUUCUUUAGUGGUUUUGGCACUUCAUGUGCUGCUCAAUUGGGUGUUUGUGAUAAAGCUUGGGCAUGGUCUCCUUGGUGCUGCUAUAGUUGAGAACAUCUCAUGGUGGCUCUUGGUUUUGGCUCAAAUGGUUUAUGUGGUCUCAGGGUUUUUCCCAGAGGCAUGGACUGGAUUUUCUUUAUUGGCAUUCAAAUCCUUAGCUGGUUUCUUGAAGUUGUCACUUGCCUCGGCUGUCAUGCUGUGCUUGGAGCUAUGGUAUUACUCUAUAGUGAUUCUUUUGGUUGGGUGGUUAAAGAAUCCAGAAAUUGCAGUAGAUGCCAUUUCAAUCUGCAUGAACUUGGAAAUUUGGACCCUCAUGAUCACUCUGGGUUUUAAUGCUGCAGUCAG